AUGCAUAACCUUCCACCUCCGAAAGCAGUCAUUGUUACUUGGACGGAUUUUACUCGUGAACAAACAAGAAAAUUAGAAGAAUUAAGCGAACCGGAAAGUAUAAAUGAAUUUUUCAUCAAAAUCUUUAGUUUCGAACGAAAUACCAAACGAACGAUUGUCCUAUGCGAUCUAUUCUACUAUGCCUUGCAAUUUGCUCGUAAAAAUCAGUUCAAUCACGAACAAAUUUCAUCGUUUCUUAGUAUCUUGAAAUGUGUUCACGAUCUCUCAAAUCGUACAUCAUACGCGAAUAUGGAACAAACAUAUGAAUACUUCAAAGCACUGAUUCUAAAACAUUCUUUAUUUAGACCACCACAUAACUUACGCAUAUUUACACCCGAUUUAACAAAAAAAAUAACGGAUUAUGUGAUCGAUACUUAUUUUCGGCAUAUCAAAAUGUAUAAAUAUAUCUUUACUCCAUACGUCGACUUCAGUUUAAAUUUCACAUUCGAAGGAAUGACUCAAAAAAUAGAAGAAUCGGCUGUUGUAGAAGAAAACGUCGAUGCUACUCAAGAACAGAUCCCAGAAACUGAAGAAAAUUCAGAUUUGGUAGAAGUUCGUAAAUUAGUUCAAUCUUAUAUGCAAGAAGAACUUCGUAAAAUUGAAAAUACAACAGAAGAACAGCCACGCCAAACGGAAAAACAGAAACGAAUUAAAUCUAGUAGUUCGAGAUCAUCCAAACCACGAACACCGAAAUAG